CCUCCCCCCCCAGCUCCUUCCCAUUAAGGCUGCGCGGAGCCCGACCCGCCGCUUCCCGGCCCGUCCGCGCAGGGACCAGACCGGACCGGACCGGACCGGACCCAGCCCCAGCAUGAGCCCGGCCCGGAGCCCGCUGCUGCUGCUGCUGCUGCCGCUGCUGCUGUGGGGCUGCGCCAUGGGGCAGAGCGACCCGAACCCCGCCCCCGCCCCUGCCCCUAACGCCACGAGGCCCGUGUUCCUGUGCGGCGGGGAGCACGUGGGCGACUCGGGGUACAUCGCCAGCGAGGGGUUCCCCAACCACUACCCGCCCAGCAAGACCUGCACCUGGACCAUCACGGUGCCCGAGGGCCAGGUGGUGAUGCUCUCCUUCCGGGUCUUCGACCUGGAGCCGGACCCCGGCUGCCGCUACGACUCGCUGGAGGUCUUCAACGGGCCCUCGGCCGGCGCCCAGAGCCUGGGCCGCUUCUGCGGCACCUUCCGGCCGGGGGCCCUGCUCUCCACCGGCCGGCACAUGCUGCUCCGCAUGGUGACGGACGAGGGCACCGGGGGCCGCGGGUUCCUGGUCUGGUUCAGCGCCGGCCUGCCCCACGUCAACGGCCGGCCGCGCGGAAGGCAGAAGUGGGGCGCCAACCAUAUAGACUCCCGGUUGGCCUGGGAGCCCUGGCAUUACUGGGACGAGCAUCAGUUCUGUGGGGGGAAGCUGGAGAAGCCCCAGGGCAGCCUCAAGACCCCGAACUGGCCCGAGAGCAACUACCCGGCCGGGAUCAGCUGUUCCUGGCACAUCAUCGCGCCCCCGGGCCAGGUGGUGGAACUGACCUUCGGGAAGUUCGACGUGGAGGACGACACCUACUGUCGCUACGACUACGUGGCCGUUUUCCACGGGGGGGCCACCGACGACUCCCGGCGCGUCGGCAAGUUCUGCGGGGACCGCGCCCCCGGCCCCAUCUACUCGGAGGGGAACGAGCUCCUGGUCCAGUUCGUCUCGGAUCUCAGCGUCACGGCCGACGGCUUCGCCGCCUCCUACACCGUCAAGAGUCCCGCCGAGGCGGCCGACAAGGCCCUGAAACCCGCCCCCGGGAUCUUCCCCGGCUCCAAACCGGGCCAGGCCGGCACCAAGCCUGCCCCGAAACCGAAACCCGAGCCCAAACCCACCACCCGGGCCCCGCCCGAGGCCGAGCCGCCCAGCGCCCAGACGCCGGCCAAGCUUCAGUGCCCCCAGAAAUGCCGCCGGUCGGGAAGUCUCCAGGGCCACUUCUGUGCCAAUGACUUCGUUAUCACCGGCACCGUGAAAACCACCGUGCGAGGGGCCGGCAACCGGGUCACAGCCACCAUCUCGCUCCUCAACACAUACAAGGCCGGAGCCCUGAGCCUGCCCCAGGCCGAGAAAGGGGCCACCCUGCGCCUGGAGGUCCCCUGCCGCCAGUGCCCCGCCCUCAAGAAAGGUUCCAGCUACAUCUUCAUGGGCCGGGUGGAUGCCGAGGGGCUCGGCGAAUUGCCCCCCGAAGGCUUCGUGGUCCCGUAUCGCACGCAGCAGCACCAGGUCCUCACCACGCUCAGCAAGCGGCCGUGUGGGGGGGCGCCCAAGAGGAACGCUUGAGCCCGGAGGGGCUGGGGUUUGGGGUGUCGGGUCUGACCUGAGGGGGACGUGUGUCCCCCGUCCCCCCCCGCCACCCGGUCCAGCUCCCUGAGGCCGGCUCCGUGUAUCCAAAUAAAGGAGCAAACCGGC